CGGCGCACAGCGAUCAUUAUACUAAAUUAAUACAUUAUUUCGUCACUUAUUUUAUAAUAAAUCAACAUAUUCUUUCAGAGAAAAGGAAGUAUACAAACAUUUAGAAGAAUACCUUGAUCGUGCCAGGGGCUUAGCAAAACAAAGAGAACAUUUAAUUGAAGUUUGCGUAUUGUGUGUACAGUGUAUGGAGGUAUAUCCAGAUAAAUUAUAUACUGUUACGUAUAGAAAUAAUAUAGACUAGAAAAUACAUGCAUGCAGAAACCCUCGCUUUGCCGAAAAAAACAUUGUAUUUUCCGAACAUGAAGUAUCCAAAGUUGUUGUCAUGGUAACACGAUAAAAUCACCUAAAAAUAUCACUUUUAAUUACAAAAUUAUCAAUUUCCCAACAUAUAUAUAUGUUAGGUAUGUUAUUAUGCGUAAUAUAAGCUUCAAUUUAAGGUAAAAUUCAACCACAAAAGCUUCGCAAAACGUUUUAAAAUGUUCUUUAUAAAACUAUUAAAACUGCCUUUAAUUAUUAAAAUGGCUUUAUCGAUAAACUUUGAGUUUGCAAUAAAAUGAUUUCAAAUUCUCGCAUGCAAAUAAUUUUGCUUACUUUUUUAUUUAAGAAUUCAAUAUAGGCCUAAUAAAAAAGGGAAUCAAUAUUAUUAAUACACUGAAAUUAUAUGCUGUCUUGUUUUGUUUUAUAUACGCAAAGCCAAAGAGCCAAAGCGGCCGUCGGGUUUUAAAGCAAUUAUAAAUUCAAUAUUUAAAACAAACUUACCUUCGUUGACGUCGGCUCCCUUCUUUUAGCCGAUUCUUUCGCCCUUUCUUUCUUGAAAUUUACAAAAUCUUGCAAAAAUGCGAGCAAAAAUUAAAUAUAUUUGCAAGAAAUUUAUCAAUCAUCAAAUCAAGUAAUGUUUGCUAUUUUGCUGUCGUCAUACAGUCGACAGUCGUUAUAAAUGCAAACUUUAAAUUGGACCAAUCAGUGUCCGCUAUUCAUGACAGUCCACCAUAUUUUUGAGAUCAGUGAGGAUGACCACCCACCGAACCACCGAACCACUCAUGGUAACCCACGCCCUCGCUCAUUGAUGAACUUUAGACUUGGCAAAUGAUUUCGUUUCCCCGGGUGUAAAUAGCCGGGGGGAAUUAGUACCCUCGCACGGCGCUUUGCGCCGUCGGCUCGGGGAUUAUGAUAUUGUCGUUCACCCAGCAAAAAGAGGAUGGUGGCACAAAAGCUGCAAGAGUUUUGCAAACCAGAAAACAAAAACUAUUCGCUUUAAUAGGGGUACAAUACAUCGAAAAGCUUUUCUUUUUAGAAACUAGUUUAAAUAAAAUUUAUUUGGAAGAAUUAAUACUGAAGAGCAACUAAAAAGCGUGCAUGAUCAUGGAAUAUUAAUUGUUUGCAAAAGUCGCAACGAAAAUCAAAUAAAUUUGCAGUCAACAAGCACUUACUUUGCUACGAAACAUCGACAUAAAAUAUUUCGAUAUAAAAUAUUUCGAUAUAUAAAUAUUUCGAGAUAUAAAGUACAUAUAUAGGAUUGGUAUAGUGCAUAUACUGUCAUUUUUUAGAUCAUUUGUGCAUAAUUUAUAUAUAUAAAUAAUGUACCAUACCUCCAUAAAAUGAGUCGCUUUUCUCUUAAGAAAAUAAGAACCUGUUUAGCCAAAUUUUCCGGUGAGCACCAUUUACAUAUAAGAACCUGUUUAGGCUAACUUGAAAAAAAUCUAGGUUCUUAAAUGCCUGGUUUUACUGUAUGGGGCAGUCGCGAUGGUCAUUUAUUGGUUAUUGUUUUUUUAAAAGCCGGUUAAUUUAACUAAAGUCAUAUUAAAUCUAUUUCUGUGUUGAAUAUUCAACGUUUUGCUUUCCGUAAAGGAUUAAACGAGUAAAUUAUAUGGUUUUAUAUACAAAUUAUUAAAAGUAUACUUCCUCCUUCCAGUCAAUAUAUGCCGCAUGGUUUAUUCUGAAAUAAGGAUGCACAUAACGGAAAAUAAAAUAGCAGAAACCAACACUUCUUGAACUGUACAUUGCCCUUUUCGUACAACGUUAACAACCAGGAGUAACUGCAAAUGUACUUUAAGUUUAAGAAAUUUAGCUUUACCAAACUUCACUAAAACGUUUUUUUUAAUUAAUAUUAAUUUCUUUACCUAGGAUGUGGAAACAGUGAAAUUAUUAAAAGUGAAGGAAGGUAGUAAAAAUGCACAAAUUUUAUCGACAAGCAAAGUGCUGGAAAGAGCGUUACGUACUAUUCAUGGUCACCAAAACUCAUUGAAUAUCGAUUGUCUUCGAGAUAUCGCUGGAAUAAGGGCUGCAUUGGAUGUUCUUUCUACAUAUUUAGGAGAUGACUUUGUUGAAAAUGUUAAACAUUUCCAAGCCCUUCCAAAGUGCCUUGAAACAGCGAAACACCUGUGUAGUAAUUCAAUUCGAUCUGUUUUGCAUUUGUUUUUAUUAAAGCAAUUAGUUCGCCAUGACCCUAAUGGGAUUGACGCUGUUAAAGAAAGAUGUAAAAGAACGGAACUUAAAUGGAUUAUGCCGCCACAGUCGGAGGUAAUACAAUUUUUUUACUGCUCUAACGGUCUAAUGUGAAACAUGAGCAUGAAGCUGAUAAGUAUUCAUUUGAAAGCAGUGCAUGUAAAUUCCCAAAAGAUCAGUUGUGAAGGUUCGUAAACGAUCAUGUGUUUUUUACACUAAACUAGCAUUUAUCUAUAGAGUAUUCUGUUCAGGCAAUAUGAUCUCAUGUAGUCACAUGCAGUAGAAAUAUCUGCCUGCCAAAAACUGUGAUUACACCGAUAUGUUUACGAAAUUCUUUAAGAUAUAUGUACCUAAGGUGAUGUCAAAACACCGAUUUGUUUACGAAAUUAUGUAUGACAUCUGUAUACCUUAAAAGAAUUAAAAGACAAUAGCAACAACAAAUUUUAUUGUCUCAUUUGAAAGAGCGUUUAAAAUUAUCUACAACAUCUUGUUACAGAUUUUUCAUAUCUUGCUUUACUCUUGAAAUAUUUUGAAUGAAAGCAAUGAGCUGUCCGCCAUCCUGAAUGAUCGAUAUGCGUUUUGCGUCACAAGUGGGGUCACGCAAGUUUUUGGACCAGGAACUGGUCCCCAAUCGCUGCUAAUCUUCUUGUUGUUGUUGUUGUUCGGGGGCGACGCUCUUUGAAAAAACCCUAAGGCUCCGUCAUUACUUGUCUGAUCGGAAUGAAAUUUUACACAAUUAUUCUAAGCAAUAUUCCGCAUCGAUUGACGGUGUUCGAUUUUUCAUUUUUGACUUUAGAAGCAAGAUACAAGCAAUUUUUGACUGUAUUCGUAGCAAAUAAUAUAUACAUAUCAUUAAUAUUCAGCAAUAUAUCAGCAAACACAAACGAUAAGAAAGACAUUGUCUUGUCUAUUGUUGUGAACACAAUCACAAUAGUCUAAAACUUCUCAAGAAUGUGAACGACUAAUUAUAACAAUUAAUUAUAAGCGUUAAGUUGACUAAAUUUAACACGCUGGCUUAGUUUCUCAAAGCGUAGUGGAGUAAUAUUGCUAUCUGGCUGUCAUAUAAUAUUCAUAGUCUGAUAGAAAAUCGUGAACCGUAAUUAAAAACAAAGACAGGAAAAUUUGUUUUUAGCACAAGCAUGCAGUUAUGAAGCCAUGACUAAGCGAAAUGAAAUUGCAUUAACCUGGCAACAAUUCAGAUCAUUUGUUACCUUAGUUAACUUAUUUUGUAAUUAAUGGCAGGCACGCGGCAAGGCAAAAUUUGAUGUACGGCAAAAGUUAGCUGACUUAGGCACGGCAUGCUUAUUCUAAAUAUUGUGGGACAUUUAAAUUUCUAUCGAAUUCAAAUGCGAGGAAAUACUUUUGAAAACUGCGCAUACAUUUAGUUUAUAUCUAUGCUUUGUCCAGAUUUACACCUCAGUUAGGCUAUAUACACACGGCACUAGACACAUUUUGCCCGGAUAAAGUGUAUCUUGCAUGACCAAAUUAAAGCAAAAUAUUUAGCGAACUCAGUCUACGUUGCAAACUUCGAGAACAUUAGUUUCACAAGUGUCUAGUGAUUUGUUUAUCAAGUCAAAAUCUCGAAGGUUUUGAACGUUUAACGAUUUGCACAAAAUCGAUAUACUUGUUAUCUUGACAUCUAGUGAUCAAUAUAAACCCAGAAUUCGUAUUUCGUAGCUAGUUCAAAUUUCGAAUUGAAUAAACACAUUUUAAACAACUUUUAAUUGUUACUCGGUAACUUAGAAGUAAUUUUAUAAGGCUAGCCCCACACCUGACGUCAUCAAAACCAUAGUUAAUGAGGUUAAGAAUUAAUCCAAGAUGGCGGACAGCUCAUUUCUUUCAGUUGAUUGAUUGGUUGAUUUGACUUUAUUUAAAGAGGGUAAACACAUGACAGUAUCCGCGAAGACACUGAUAACCUAGUGGCCCUCAGUGAAAAUAUUGCAAGAGUUGAGUUUGAUAUGAAAAAUCUGUAACAAGUUGUUAGGGAUAAUUUUAAACGUUCUUUCACACGAGACAAUAAAAUGUUUUGUUGCCAUUGUCCUUUAAGGUAUUGUGAAAAAUGACAGUUGCAUAAGCCAAAAAAUAAACAGUCAAGUAAAUACUCAAGUAAGAAUGCGCUUCGCGGCCCCAGUCACUAUAAUGCUAAUUAUCAACUUGCAUCCAUAAGCCAGGUUUUGACAUUUUACAGAUCAGAAGUUAUUCCUGCCAUACACUUCAGCCCUAUACGAAUAUACAGGUGCAUGAUUGUCCAAUUAUCCUACCGGAAAGCAUUUUAUCAGUAAAUUAUUAACGACUCUCUGCAUCUUCUCUAAUUAGCCAUUCCGAAGUUGAUGAGUGGACUGGGGACAAGUCUUAAAAAUUGCCCAAAUUAAGAUAUGAACCAUAUUACUAAAAAGACCGCCUCAAAAUUAGUAAGUAUACAAAGUUUGAAGAUGUUUGCACAAAUAUUCUUCGAAUAAGCUUUUGAAAAUCGUGAUUUUUACUAUGAAAUGUAUUGUAAUUUCUUUUAAUCAGUAAUUUCAUGUAAACAUCUUCAAACUUUGUAUACUUACUAAUUUUGAGGUUGUCUUUUUAGUGAUUCGGUUCAUUUCUUAAUUUGGGCACUUUUUAACACUCGUCCCCAGUCCACUCAUCAACUUCGGAGUGGCUAAUACUUAAAGUAACUGAUUUACAGUACUUCCUCCAGCCAAAUCUGCAGAGCACGUUUAUCUGUUUCUGGUGUUUUUCUAGGAGCAAGAUAAGACUCCAGACAUCUUCAUCAUUCAUCAUGAGAAUUAUCGCACUGUGCGGGAGGCUCUUGGCAAAGCAAUACUUACAUCUAACAUGGAUGACCUAAACGUUGUCAUUCAAGUGAGUUAUGUUUGUAGAUUGGGUUCGUCAGUACCGCAUGUCCACUUUUUAUUUUGAGGUUGGUGUUGAUCGUAGUUAUCAGAAACCAAACCUGUUUAUGCAAUAAAAUACUCCGGAAAUACUUCAGUUUCCUCGUUUAAAAAAGGUGAACUUCCUCGUUUUCCGAAGGUGAGCAUGACCAUUCCUCUGUUUGAUUUUCCAACAAAUUACACUGGAUUCCUUUUUAUGACCAAGAUUGUGAAAAGCACCUUGGCGUUUAAGAGGCUCAACAUUUGAUACCACCUCUUUUAACGAACUGUCUUAAGCAGUGAAAUGGAUACUAGAUCAAUUAUGUAGAUUUGUGGGUAAUUAGAAUUUUGUUUGUCCUAAUUUUAACCGCGCGGCACAACUGAAGGAGGCAGAAUUUUACACUAUCUAUACCUGUCAAUAAUGGAACUCGUUACCUCUUGAAAUUUUUUUUUAAACUUCGUAAAUAAAUCUUUUUUUAUCACAUCAAGAGUUAAAGUGCGCCUAACCUCAAUUCUUCUAACAUCCAAUUCCUAAGAACCUCUGAAAUGAUAUUGUAACUUAUUUUGAAGAUUUUCCUUUGCACACUUUGUCUCUGAGUUAUUUCAGUUUUAAUGAUAUGCAAAUGUCCGGAAUUUACGUCACAUAUGAAUAAUUACUGAUCAAAGAAUGUAAGGUACAGCUAAAUAUUUAUCACUUAUUUACUGAGACCGAGGGAAACAGUGUCUUUUGUAGAUCCGUUGCCGGCGAAGACGGCGAAGCUGAGGGUAACAACGGCGGUCGAGGGGCAAAAAUUGAACUUUGGCACUAAAUAGAAAGAAAUAGAAAGGCUAAAUGAAAUAGAAAAGCUAAAUGGUGUUUUACAUAGGUAUAUGUAAUCCUCCAACAACUCCAAACUUCAUUUUAAUGAAUUAAACUCGAUAGUGAAUACGAUGUACAAGCUUUUGCUUUAAAUCAUUAUGCAUUUGUGACGUAAAUUCCGGAUAUAUUUGCAUGCCAUGAAAUAUUUUAGAAACACAGUGAGCAAACGCAAAUCUUCUCAAUAAGUUUUUAUAUCAUUUCAGAAGUUCUUAAGAAAGAGAUGAUAAAAAUAAUUGAGGUUAUAGGUGCAUUUUAAUUACUAAAUCAUUUUAAUACAUAGGUUUACUAUCUUCUAAAAUUUUAUGUACCAGUUUAUUUUAUCAAUCAAUCGAUUAAAAUUGACUGAUUGAUAAAAUAAUCGUGUGGCUCUCUAAUGCAGAUCACUAAUGCAGAUAAUCCAAUAAAAAGAAUAAAAUUACUGGAAAUAUGUCAAGUAUAUAUACAAACUAUAAAAUUUUAGAAAAUCACCUCAUCUUUUGAUUCAUCUGACUUCAAUUUCACUGGGUAUUUUAACUGCCAUUGUAGCCUUUCCUUGAGUUAGGAAAAUUGAUUAUUUUCUUGUAGUUUUAAUUACAAUUAAAUAUGUAUUUUACAGGAGGAUUUACAAGCUCAACCAAUUGCACGUUCUUGUUAUGUUUUACUGGCUCUGUUUCGUGAAAUAACGUCAAGCUUUUCACUUGUGAACGCAGAAGAUCGAAUUCCUGAUAGGGUAGGUAGACUAUUGAAUGUGUAUAUACUGUAGAGUACAAAAACAUUAAGUGGGUGCGCCCAUUGACAAUUUCCAUAUAAUUUCAUACAGGUACAAAGUGUCCAAGAGUUGAACGUUGACUUAUGUUCCAUUUUUCGAAACGAAUGAUAAAGAUUAAAUAAUUUAUUACACUGACCUGAAAUGUCUUAAAUCCGUAAUUUUCUGUUUUCUUCGUCGUCGAGAAAUCGAGUUUGCGUUGGCGCAACCUAGGCUCAGUUUCCAGUGUUCCAGUCGUUCCAGUUUACUGUACAGAUUAGUUUUCAAGAUGGCGGCCAUUUCUUCAUUUGUCAACGAAUUUUACCGCGUUUUUCUGUGGAUUUUGCAUUUGUCCUACUUUGCACUUUCUUGGAAGUUGACUUGGUGGGAUUUUUUCGUGCAACGUCUCUGGAAAUGCGAUAUCUGGUCGCUGAGUUUUUCGAAUUUUAUACGUUACGGACUUACGGAAUGUAAACAAUGUUGUCUGCGUUAGCGCAUCGCGUGCUCAGAGACCAUGUGCAUUUAUGGAUAACGUUUGUAUUUGUGAGUAACAUUUGUGUUUCAUUGGACAUUACGAAAACACCUCCUCAGGAUAACUUAAAAUAAUUUUGCGUGUCCCACCCACUCAUGCAUCGAUCACGCCACGCUUUCAGCCUUUCACGCUUUGCGUUUGCGGUUCACGAUUUGUAUUCCUUGUCUAUUAUACCAUGGCACGUAUGUCGUCAAUUUCAGGUCAGUGUCAACGCCAGAGCAGGCUUGUUUUAUUAAUUAAUAUCACUGAUCAUUUUGGAUAGUGAAAUUUCGCUGGAGUCAAACGCUUCGACUAGGCAAACGGGGUAAAUUCAUAGUGCAGUAUUAAACUAGAAAUACAUGCAUGCAGUAACCCCUCGCCAAUAUUUUCCAAACAUUAAAUUAACAUGGAGUAUUCAGAAAUGGCCCACUGAACGCAGGCUCGCGCUCAAGUGUUGCCAUGACAACACGAUAUUCUUAAAUUUUUAAUUUUUCAUAUUUUUUGUACAAAACUGCAAAAUAGUUCAAAGAUUCGUACUUUUAACUAUACAACAAUAAAUUUCCAUAUCAUAUACUGUAGGUAUAUUAUUUUGCAUUUUGUAAGCUUUGAUUUAAUGUAAAAUUUAACUUGAAACGCUUCGUAAAAUGUUUUGAAAUCUUCAUUCAACUAUAGUUCAUUUGCCGAUAAACUAAUAAAUAUAAAACAUAAUAAGUUACAAAUAAAACUAAUUGUUAGGUAAUUUCAAUUCAGUCUUCAAAUCAAUUUGUUCUCCUUUGCAUUUUAAGAUUUUUUCUCAAAUUAAACGGUAAUUUAUGAAAGUUAGAGCUUUGUUGAAAAGGAAAACAGUUCAUGUUUUUAGGCAAAAAGUUAAUUAAAGCAGCAAAAUUCGUAAACAUUAAAUAUUCAAAGGAAUCUUGCCGUAUAUUUCACGAUUUCCCAUAGUAAAUCUAUUCUUCUCAUCUCUUCAAACAAAAUUGCUUCAAUUAAGCUUGUUGUAUAUGAAACGAUUUUCCAAAUAUAUGUCUUUAAAAUUGAAAUCUUGCUUAUCCCACUCCUACACGCAAUCAGCCAUAUUUUAGAGAUCAGUGAGGAUGACCACCCAUCGUUGGUGACCGACGCCCGCGAUAUUUGAUGAACUUUAGACUUCGCUAAUGCUUUCGUUUUUUCCGGGUGCAAAUAGCCGGGAGGAAUUAGUACCCUCGCACGGCGCUUCGCGCCGUCGGCUCGGGGAUUACACAGUGGAUAUAGUUGAGUCACAACUAAUCCGCUUUCGUUCCAAAAAUUAGAUUGCGUGCUAAGGAUAUAAUACAGGUCUGAGAAUUGCUCAGCUAGUUUUAAUUAAUCAUUCAUGCACUGUUUUCAACUUUAUAUAUUGGGCCUUUCACACUGACACUGAGAUCAAUCUAACGAGAUCGAUUUCAGAUCGAUCUCGAAACGCAUCAUGCUCGCUAUUCCAUUGCCUUUACAAUACCUUACAAAGUACGCAUUACACAGUCAACAAAUUGCAGCUGUGUUUACGUUAUUGUAAUAAAGGGUCUGGUCCCUAUUGACUAAAUCCGAGAUGGCGGUGGAAGAACGGGAUAUGGUUUGUGCAGCUAUAAUAGUUUUACAAACCAUCAUCAGAAUGAUAUCCGAUGUGAAUCAGUUUAGGCGAAAAAGGAAGCAUGAUGUGCGUUACAAGUGCGUUACACGUUUCGUUCUGCUUUUGUUUCUGUUUCUUUAAGUGUUUUUAAAUUUUGUCUGUAUCUUAUGCUGCCAGAAAUCCUAAACAUUCGUUUUAAUUCUGACAAAAGCUCUCCUUUUUCACCAUUUUUAGCUACAUGCUUUAAACAAAAUCUCACUGUUAUUUGCAAACUUCUUUCUUCGUUAACCGCACAGAUCUUUCGCCUCCACAGGGCCUGACGCACCACGGCAUUGUCACUCACAACUUUUUAUGAGGCAUGCCUGUGGGAGAGGCUGCGCGAACACCGCGGUCGGCCAAAUGUCCGCGUAUUGACUGUUUGUUUACGAAUGACAAAAAUACUAUAGCAAUAAUAGUAAUGGUAAUAGUAUUUAUUUAAAGUCAAUACAUAGGGAGUGAUUACUCAAUCUCCCGAGCCAUAGGCUUAUGUUAAAAAUGCUCGACUAUUUACUCUAUGCAUGCAACUACAUGUACAAAUUUAAAACAAAGUAAAUCAGAAACCGAUUUACAUAAUUAGGACUAAUGUCUUUAUAAAGUUCUAGCAAAAGGUUCAAGGAAGAUUACGUUGGUUUAAGCUCAGUAUAACUUCAUCUUGAUACAAAGGGAAAGCGAUGAAUCUUUCUACCUUAUAGCUCCAGCCAUUUCCUUAUUGUAAAUGCUUUUCCGGUAUUUACUCCUAUUAUUUUGGCUUACAUUUUUCCCGCCAUUUCCGCAUACACGCGCAUGCCCUUUAUGUUUGUCCGCGAUAUUAGCUGUGUGUGGAUGCAUAUGGAGAGAAGAGUCUAGAAGCUAGACAAUGCGCAAUCGAUCUAUAAAUUAGUCCCAGCCUAUUUCGCGUUCUCACUUCAGAUUUCCGACCAUUCACAUUAACCUCGCUUGACUUUAGAUUGAUCUCAGAUCGAUCUAAAAAUGUAGUGUGACCUUGUCCAUAGAUAAACCAAGCUAUGGAUCAAUUCAAUUUUUUCACAAGAAAAAUAGAAUUUCACAAGAAUUUUGGAAGUUUAUAGAAAAACUUUCUUUAUAGAUUUUAGGAAAACUGAGCCAAUACAUUGAAGGGAUGCAGUUUUUGCCAAACGAAGUAAGAGCAUUCUUGAACUUGUUUUGUAUUAAAAAAUGGAUCUCUUUAUUAGAAAUUAAGGUUUGUUUUUUCCCUACGUUGCCACAUGCAACAUUGCGCUGUUUUAAUGGAAACUUACCUUGCACUGUAAAACCCAUUGGAAUUGGUCAUUCUGCAUAGUAUAAUGAACUCAAUCAAACUUAAAAAAAAACUGUAGUUAAUUUGGGGAUGAAAGGGAUAAACGAUCAUUACGUUUCAAAUCUUUUCCGUUAUUUUAAAAGCUUUUUUGCUUCCCCCUUUGCAUGAAUUAUUUUGGUUUUACCCCACGCUUCUCUUCACUUUUCUAAUAGGCGUUCCUUAUUUUGUUAAUGUGCGAACCAUUUCUUAAGACACUUUAAUUAAUUGAUUUUAAGCCACUUGAAGCAAAUGCGUUUAAAUAAUUUAAUUUAAAAACAUCACCAAUGUAAUUUACUGGUUUAUCAAGGUUCGGAUCUCAUCUUUUUAGUUAAAGGGACUAGCUGGAAAUUUUCUGACAAAUUUUGGAAACGCUAACAGCAAACUUCUACAGUUGAGUCCUCGUCAAUCCACGAAUGACAGACGGCUAAUUGAAGUCUUGGUUCAUUUCCUUAUCGUCAUGAAAUGUUUGCCUCAGAAUCGAUUGCUACAACCUCUUACGAAUCUUGCUUUAAAUCCUGCUGUGAUGAUGGUAAGAAUUAUUAGUAACAUGUGGGUUUUUUUUCAUCAUUUUCCGAUAAAUGUGAUAAAAUUUACGGCUUUAUUAAUAAUUCAAACAAUUCGUCAUGCAAGUUUGUAUAUUUAGCGCAAAUAUCACAAAAGAAAAUUAUCUGGUUUACACUGAACAUUCACCUCAAAAUUUUAUUAAAUAAUGAAGUGAUAACCAGAUAUUUUAGGGGAAGUCAAAAGUGCUUCAAGCCAUGCAUGCACUGCCGAGCAAAGGCAUUUCGUUAGGAAUUUUGCAUUGACAUGGUGGAUAAACAUGUGCGUAUUUGUGUCAAAACUAGCCACUGCGCUGAUUGCACGAUUAUGUUACAAAGAUAAACCAAUCAAUGCAGAGUAUAGAGUGUCAAAUAUUUAAGAAAUAGAAGACGCGUCGCGUGCGUUUAUGGUGUGACAAUGCACGCGGGAAGUGUUGGGAAAAUUCGAGAGAAGCAUGUACAAGUGUUGUACACGCUUCUGGAGUUGAAAUGCUAGUUAAGAGAACUCAAAUAUUGUAGAGAAGAUUCUGUAGUUCAGCAAGAUUAUUAUUACCUUUUGUUUACAGUUAACUAAAUCUAUCUCUAAAAAAUAAUGAAGUUUUUUGCUGAAUUCUGCACUGUGACUUGUUUCCACGGACGCUGAGAGAACUCGCGGGACCGCAAAGGCAAUUCUUCUCUUGGGGGCCCCAUGACAUCAUUAUUCAAGCUAGACCCAUCUCAGUCACCGAACUACACUUUAGCUAGACUGCAUGUGGAGCUACUAUAAGGGGCCCUCAAUUUCAAUAAUACCUCGACCAAUUUAAAGAACCUACUUAAUUUUAAGCUCUUGUUCUCGAGUUGGGGCCCUAUUAAGGUGGGGGGCCAGGGCAAUUUCCCCCCUCCCCCCCCCCCGGCCCCUUGCACCCCCAUUGUUUCAAUAUAUCAAAAUAAUCCCGCGUCACAUCUCAUUCUGGCAAAUUGGGAUCAUAUAAACACCCCUUAUUCAGCUUGGGGUGAGGCAGCACUUUCCUUGCGAUAGUAACUUCUAGUACUAUAAUACAAUUUAGCAUAUACUCGGGAGGUGGAUAGUGCUUGUCAAGCAAUUUGAUUGGUUGCUCAGCUCCGGAUAUCCUUACUAUUUACCUUAUUGGGACAAAAACAAAAUGGCUUCCCGUUUCAUUUCGUUUACGGGUUUUGGCAAAUAAGAAGAAAACCACAAAGUUUGUUUAAAUUAACAGUGUGUAGAGGUAUUCUUUAUAGCUAUUUCAAAUCCAUAAAAAUGAUAAAAUUGCCGAAAGCUUGUAACUAUUGCGGGAGCUGAAAUACAAAUUGUUUUAAAAAUAUUUUCGUUGUUUUUUGGUCUUUUUGGUUUUGUUGUCAUAUAUGCUAGAACAAAUUCCCCUCAGUGUCGGUGAAUAUAGUUCAAGGAUAUUCACUUCAAAGCUUCGCGCUUCGCGUUAUUCACUUCGGUGUAUAAUUGUUUCGUGUUAUCUUUGCAUAGUGGUUUUUCGUUUAAGUUUACCCAGGGGCAAGCAUGUCUGGCAUAUUAUGAAAGAAUAGUCUGUUAAACAAUCUGAAACGAGAAAAGUGAGAUAAACAAUCUAGAGAGGAUAUAUACUAAAAGAUGCCUUCGAAUGAUUUUACUCAAUUACUCCGGUUUUAGAUAUUUAAGCUGUUCUUUAACUUUUUGCAUUGCAAUCUGACUAUACAAACAUGUGUUUAUCCGUAACGUUACAAAAAUACGUUUCUGUUUGGUUAUAUAGAAUGCUUUUAUCCCCACAAUGCCUCAUGAUGAUGCUCCUGAAGUUUUGGGGGCAAUCCCUGAUGGUCGGCCUUAUGGUAAGUCAAGGAACGACCUAAAUCAAGGUAAAGUAAGGAAUGACUUUUAGCCCAAUAUUUUUGUGUGAAAAUGAGCAAGGCAGACGCCUCACCUAUAUAAUCAGUGAAUGGACUGCUAUAAUAAGCGUGCAUCUCUAUGAUGCAAAGGUUUUAAUAAUGUUUACUUGACUUUUUACUUUUAGAGUGUCCAAAUGGACAUCGCUAUGUUAUUACAAAU